GGCCCUUAAAAUGUCAUAGUGGCUAACCUCCGUUCAAGUCGGUAUGUCUAUGGCUGAUAUGUCCGGUGUGCUGGAUACCCUCCGGUUACUUUACCGGCAUACAAAUACACUGGAGGAGUUUGCGGACAGCAUCGUGUUCAGAGAGGGACAAAAAGCGGCCCUCACUGAGCAAUUAGAUACAAACCGUUUUAAAUCGUUCGUUAGGAGUGUUUUUGUGUGCUUUGAUAAGGAGCUACAGCAAGUACCGAGCUGCAAACAGAUCUGCAGUCUGCCGGAACUUCUAGCUUUUGUUCUCAACACUCUAAAAAGAAAAAGAAAAAGAAAUGUAUUGGCACAUGGCUAUAAUUUUCAGUCCCUGGCACAGGAGGAUCGGGAUGCAGACCUCUUCAAAUUCCAAGGCGAUGUAACACAAAGUGCUGCCUACAUCCAUGGUAGUGACCUAUGGAAAAAAGUCACGAUGCGCCUUGGGACAGACAUCACGCGGUAUCUUCUGGAGAGCUGCUCUGUGUUUGUGGCAGUUCCUCCUUCUUGUGUCUUCCAAGUGUGCGGUCCUCCAGUCUAUGACAGGGUGUCCAUGACCACUGGCUCUAGUGGGUUUUGUCUGCAGCCUCAAAUCAGGAAACAAAAUCAUACUAAGUUUGGAUGUCAAGGGUCAGUCAAUUUGAAAAGGAGACACACAGUUGAGAAUCCUGCUGUAAGCAAGAAGAUGAAGAGAAGGGAUAAAGGAGCGACAAAGGGGAAAAGAAAGAGGGAAGCUUGUCAAAGGGAUGAGGAGGAGCUGGCAGUUUGUUCAAGAAAGAGGAGACGAGUAGUACCUGAAGAACAUCAACAGGAGAUCCAACAAGUUGGCUUUGAAAACGAAGGUCAGGCCAUGCCUGUGGAAUCAACACCAUCUACAGGUUUCAAACAGCCUGCUGAGAUGCUAACAACUGUACUUCCCUUGGAGGGUGGUCCCAGCUGGAGAUCGGGGAUCUUCCCCCCUCUACCACCCUCACAAUGUUUUAUUCGCACCCUGGGAUUCCUGUAUGGGGGCAGGGGCAUGCGUGGGUUUCUUCUUAACAGGAGGAAGAAGACAGCUGAUGGAUGCAGACGGCUACAAGGACAAGAUUUGGUAAGAAUAGUCUUCUUUGAGGGACUAGCAUAUUUGAAUGGAGUAGAGAGGAAGCCUAAAAAACUCCCCCGGCGGUUCUUUGGCAUGGUCCCUCUGUUUAGGCAGCUGUUACAACAACACAGGAGAUGUUCCUAUAGCAGAAUACUACAGAGGCUGUGCCCAUGGGUGGAGGAGAGCAAUACAGGACAGGGAGAACUAAACUCCCUCUUACCUCAGCACUGUGCACCUCACAGGGUCUACCUGUUUGUCCGAGAAUGCCUCUCUGUGAUCCCACAAGAGCUGUGGGGCUCGGAUCAAAACCGCCUUCAUUUCUUUGCCAGGGUCAGGAGCUUCUUGCAAAGUGGCAAGUUUGAGAGGCUCUCGCUGGCUGAACUGAUGUGGAAGAUGAAGGUGAAUGAUUGUGAUUGGUUGAAGAUCAGGAAGACAGGCCGUUUUCCACCCAGCGAGCUUGCAUAUCGGACACAGAUCCUGGGUCAGUUCUUGGCUUGGCUUCUGGAUGGAUAUGUUGCAGGUCUUGUGAGAGCCUGUUUCUAUGCUACAGAGAGUGUUGGGCAGAAGAAUGCCAUCAGGUUCUACAGGCAGGAAGUCUGGGCCAAACUGCAAGACUUGGCCUUCAGAGGUCACCUUUCCAAAGGCCAGAUGGAGGAGCUGACUCCAGCUCAGGUGGCUUCCCUGCCCAAAGGCACUGUCAUCUCCCGCCUUCGCUUCAUUCCCAAGACCGAUGGCAUGAGGCCCAUCACACGAGUCAUAGGAGCAGAUACAAAAACAAGGCUCUACCAAGGGCGUGUGAGGGACUUGCUGGAUAUGCUGCGGGCCUGUGUGCGUGCCACUCCAUCCCUCCUGGGCUCCACAGUGUGGGGGAUGACGGAUAUCCACAAGGUUUUGUGCUCUUUGGCGCCAGCCCAGAAGGACAAACCACAACUCCUCUACUUUGUUAAGGUGGAUGUGAGUGGCGCAUAUGAGAGCUUACCACAUGACAAACUCAUAGAGGUGAUUGGCCAGGCACUGUCACCUGUCCAUGAUGAACUCUUUACUCUUCGCCGCUAUGCCAAGAUCUGGACAGAUUCCCACGAAGGCCUGAAAAAGGCUUUUGUCAGACAGGCAGAUUUCCUGGAGGGUAGCAUGGGAUCGACCAACAUGAAGGGCUUUUUGACGUCACUGCAGAAAAAAGGCAAAGUUCAUCACGCCAUCCUGGUCGAGCAGCACUUUUGCUCAGAUCUUCAUGGCAGAGAUGCAUUGCAGUUCUUUACUCAAAUGCUAACUGGCAGCGUUGUUCAGUAUGGGAAAAAGAAAUAUCGUCAAUACCGGGGAAUUCCUCAGGGAUCAGUUGUGUCCAGUCUUCUCUGCUGCCUUUGCUACGGUCACAUGGAGAAUCUCCUGUUCAAAGAUAUUACUGGAAACAAAGGGUGUUUGAUGAGACUGGUGGAUGACUUUCUUCUGAUCACACCAGACCAACAUGAAGCACAAGCUUUUCUCAAGAUCUUGCUGGCUGGAGUCCCACAGUAUGGUCUGGUGGUCAACCCGCAGAAGGUGGUGGUCAACUUUCAGGUGUCGGGAAGUGUGGGCUCCUCUCCCGAUAUUCGUGUGCUGCCCCCUCGCUGCCUCUUCCCAUGGUGUGGGCUGCUGCUGGACACCCACUCACUGGACAUCUAUAAAGACUAUUCCAGCUAUGCUGGGCUGUCUCUGCGCUACAGCCUUACUUUGGGUGUAUCCCACUCAGCUGGACAGCAGAUGAAAAGGAAACUGCUAUCAAUCCUCAGGCUCAAGUGCCAUGCCCUGUUCUUCGACUUGAAGACCAAUUCUCUUGAGGCGGUCUACAAGAACAUCUACAAGCUGGUGCUGCUGCAUGCAUGCAGAUUUCAUGUGUGUGCCCAGCGUUUGCCCUUUGGUCAGAUGGUUUCCAAGAAUCCCGUCUUCUUCCUGCAGUUGAUAUGGGACAUGGCGCAGUACUCCAGCAAACUCAUCAGGAGUAGCAAUAAAGGACUGAUUUUAGGUGAUAAGGCCCAGACAGGCAUUCUGCAAUAUGAAGCAGUGGAGCUGAUUUUCUGUCUUUCCUUCUUGCUUGUGUUGUCACAACAGCGUCUUCUCUAUAAAGAUCUGCUCCCACACCUGCACAGACGGAAGCGCAGUCUGGAGCGGCGUCUGGGGGACCUGAGGCUGGCCAGGGUGCGGCAGGCCUGUAACCCCAGGACUCCGGUUGACUUCUUGGCCAUUCAGAUGUGAACUACUACUCUCAAAUACAGUUUCCAAAACAUUGUUACUCUUCACAAUCCUUAAGACCUGCAAGUCGUCCUUUCCCGUGUUUCGAUCUCGAAGGCGUCGUUGCUGUAGGGAUUUAAUUCCACCCUAGCAGAGGACCGUCUGGUUCUCCCACAAAUCAGCUGGUAGAGAGCCACCAGAGGAAUGGAAAUCACCGGCACCACACACAGGAGGAUGAUUAUGGCAAACACCCAGUUUGGAUAAGGUUUAACUUCAUUUUCAGGAAAUUUUUCCUAGAAAGAAAGAUAGAUGUCUGUGAUGUGGAAAAAAUGAAGGAUAUUUUUAAAUGAAGUUAAUAAAUAUGUUUUUGAAAUGCGGAAAA